UACACCCAUUUUUUUGUACACAACUUCACGUGAUACGUAAUCUAAAUUUGACAAGAACCUGCAGCGACCUUGGUUUACUUUACACUUUUUUGGGUGGUCGAGCUGUACAGCCAUAUUUACGGCCCUAGCAGGAACCUAGAAAACACACACCAUGUCACUGUUAUCACUCCUUCCAAAGGCAUGGUGCCAGAAUAAUGCAGAAAACGUUCCUGUAACACCUAAAGUUGAACAACAGGGUCUGGUAAAGUCCUUAGUGGCAGGAAGAACUAUUGCUGCUGCUGCUGUAGCCGAAGGAGACAGUUGUGAAUUCGGUUCUCUUCACUACUUCGCACUUUGUGGUCUUGGAGGUAUUCUAUCAUGUGGAAUCACUCACACUGCUGUAGUACCUCUUGAUCUUGUAAAAUGUCGUAUUCAAGUAGAUCCAGUUAAAUAUAAGUCAGUAUUCAAUGGUUUCCAAGUUACACUAAGGGAAGACGGUGCCAGGGGAUUGGCUAAGGGAUGGGCACCUACAUUCUUUGGUUAUUCAAUGCAAGGGUUGUGUAAAUUUGGACUUUAUGAAGUAUUCAAAGUAUUUUAUACUGAUCUAAUCGGUGAAGAAAAUGCUUUCUUGUACCGAACCUGGUUAUAUUUAAGUGCUUCUGCCAGUGCUGAAUUCUUUGCUGAUAUCGCUCUGUCACCCAUGGAAGCGGCAAAAGUUAAAAUUCAAACCACUCCUGGAUUUGCCAACACCCUGAGAGAAGCUUGGCCCAGAAUCAUGAGGGAAGAAGGUGUAAAUGGUUUCUACAAAUCUUUGGUUCCACUGUGGAUGAGACAAAUCCCAUACACCAUGAUGAAAUUCGCCUGCUUCGAGCGUACUGUCGAAUUGUUGUACAAAUAUGUUGUUCCAAAACCCAGGGCUGAAUGCUCCAAACCUGAACAACUUGUCGUUACUUUCGCCGCUGGUUACAUCGCCGGUGUAUUUUGCGCUAUCGUAUCUCAUCCUGCUGAUACUGUUGUCAGUAAACUAAAUCAAGAAAAGGGAUCAACUGCAUUGGAAGCAGCUAAAAAAUUGGGUAUGGCUGGUCUCUGGAAGGGCCUCACACCAAGGAUAGUCAUGAUUGGUACACUCACCGCUCUUCAAUGGUUUAUCUAUGAUGCAUUCAAGGUGGCUAUGCGCAUGCCCCGUCCCCCACCCCCAGAAAUGCCAGAAUCUUUGAAAAAGAAGCUUGAGGCACAAGCUCAAAAGUAAUGAAAGAAACCCCUUAUUUUAAGAGACAGAUAUUAUUCCAGUAAAAGAAAAUUAUAUAAUAUUAAAUUAUUUAUAUUUACCAUAAUUUUUCACACACAUACAGUAUUGGUGUAAAAAACUAAAAUAAUUUUAUCAUCCAGUCUUAUAGAGAAAAAAGUUAAGUCGCUACUCUUGUGUUAUACUCGUUAUUGUUGUAUUUUUCUGUAAUUUUAGAUUGUAAAUAGAGGCAAGUAUAAAUCUGCGGGAAACAAUUUUCCGUGUAUUUUUUUUUAAUUUCAGUACAUUGUUUGCUGGAAGAGAUUCGGUAAAUAAAAAUACAAGAUUUAGAUGACA